AUGGGGGAGGCUCUGGGUCACAUCUUCGUUCUUGUAGGGCUGCUAGUGUGCCUGGCCUUGCUGGUGAAGUGCAUUAGAUUCUCCAAAUGUAUUCUUCUGAGCUUCUGGAGAACUGUACCCUCAUCUUUGUUGCCAUCCAUGGGACAGUGGGCAGUUAUCACUGGAGCAGGUGAUGGGAUUGGAAAAGCAUAUUCAUUUGAGCUAGCAAGACAAGGACUCAAUGUUAUACUUAUCAGCCGGACUCUAGAAAAACUCCAGACCAUUGCCACCGAGAUUGAGCAGACCACAGGAAGAAGUGUGAAGAUUAUACAAACAGAUUUUACCAAAGAUGACAUCUACGAAUACAUUAAAGAAAACCUUAAAGGCUUAGAAAUUGGAGUGCUAGUCAAUAAUGUAGGAAUGCUGCCAAGCAAUGUCCCAAGCCAUUUCCUUACUACACCAGAUGGAAUCCAGAGCCUCAUCCAUUGUAACAUCACCUCAGUAGUCAAGAUGACACAGCUGGUUCUGAGACACAUGGAAUCAAGAGGGAAAGGCCUCAUCUUGAACAUUUCUUCAGGGGUAGCCCUCCGUCCUUGGCCUCUGUUCUCCCUCUACUCAGCUUCAAAGGUUUUUGUACGCACAUUUUCCAAGGCACUGCAAGUGGAAUACAGAAAGAAAGGAAUCAUUAUCCAGGUGCUAACACCAUUUGCUGUUUCAACCUCAAUGACAAAUCAUCCAGAUACCAGCAUGAUGAUUAAGAGUGCUGAUGGAUUUGUUAAAGAAUCGCUGAAUUAUGUCAUGGCUGGAGAUGAAGCCUAUGGUUCCCUUGCCCAUGAAAUCCUGGGACGAUUUCUGAACCAGACUCCAUCUUGGAUCUUCUACAGCAAGGCCUUCCAAAGGCGCCUCCUGAAUCCCACCCAGAAAAUGUAAGGCAGAACAUCAGUGUCAGCUGAUGUGAGCGGGGUGCUGGAGGCUAGCAUUGCCUCUCUUCCUGGCAUUCUUCCUGAGCUAACAAGGACCAGAGGCGCUGACUAGAGCCCUUCACCUCACUGAAGCUGGAAGUGGCCACACAGUGCCACAGACAUAGGUUUUACAAUACAAAAUUUUUGUGCCUUUACUCCAGUCUGGAGAUCUUUGGGAAAUCUGUGGUGUACAAACGUGUUAUGCAGUGGGUUUUAAGAUUCCACAUGUGAGGUGUCUAUGGGUAACACUGGAAGAAUUUCUA